AUGCGCAAAUUUCCAGAAUCAACAGCAAAAAAAAUUACUACUGCGGAAGAAGUAAGUGAAAUUCUUGAACAGCUUUCUGUUACUACCAGUAUAGGUGCAUAUUUGUGCAGAAAAUGUAAAAAACUAGUUGUAUUUCAUACAAGCAAAAAACCAAAAACUGAAAGUAAAGCCUUGGGUGAAACAUCUGCUAAUACUCAUUGCAAUUUAACAGAAUCACGUAGUCACGAUCCAUUCGUUCGUGUCACAAGAAGUACAGAAAGCUCCAAUGAACCUACUGCCUUGGCCAAUACAACUGAACUUGGCACACGAGAUUCAACCGUGCGUGUCACUCGAAGUACAGUAACUUUAAAGUCAGAGAGUCAGAAGACUGAUUCUCAAGUUUCCUCACAAUCGUAUGGAUCAGAUAAUUCGUAUCGACCGCCAAGUGUUGAAGAAAAUGGAGUUGAUUACGUUACCUUGCCAAUUCCAAGAUGUUCUAUUACUGAAAGAAGUUGUAUUAUUUGCGGCGUUGUUGGCGAUAGAGCUCGUAUAACUUUUGAGGCCAGAUUGCACUGCUACAGACAGAUGCAACUUUAUAUACCGCAAGGUGCUCGUGCUUGUUCGGAACAUUACUUAAAUGGUCGAAUAUAUUUAGAAGAUUUACGUAACAUUAAAUCAUAUUCAAAGACUUCUGAGGUGCCUGUAGAUGAGGUAACGAAAUUGAUCCAAGGAUUAUCCAUAGAGAGUAAUCAAUCUUUGCUGAAUGAAGCCGGAGCUUUUCAAUUAAGUGAAGAUCGUUUGAAAUCUCUCACAGGUUUCUCUUUAAACAAUUUACAAAAAUUAUGUUUCGCUUUGACUUCCAUGAAUAAUUCACAUAACCGAACAGUUACUGAAGCUUUAAUAACAUUUUUAUUUAAAUUGCGUUCUGGAGCAUCAAAUAAUACCAUUGCCACAAUUUUUAAAUUUGAUAACGAUCAGCUGGUGUCAGAGAUCUGUAGCAAUGUUAUAACAUGUUUUGAAAAAGAUAUUUUACCUACACUGUUCGGUGUAAAGAAACACAUGACUGCAGCAGAAUGCAUUGAGGCUAGACAAAACUUGAUUAAAAAUCAUACAUCUCAAGAUGCUAAAAAGUUAUUACAGUUGACUGGAGAUGAAUUGGUUUUGAUAUUUGAUGGUACCUACGUCAAGCAUCAAAAAAGCUUCAACAAUGAGUAUCAACGCCAUGCUUUUUCAGGGCAAAAAAAAGCGCCUUUGAUCAAACCAUUUACUGUUUGUACAACCAACGGCUUUAUUGUGGAUAUUUGUGGCCCUUAUGAAGGCACAAAAAAUGAUGCAGAGAUAAUGAAAAAAGUAUUGGCUGAUCCCAACAGUGUAUUUCGAUUAAUGAAAGAAGGCGACAUUAUGAUCGUUGAUCGCGGUUUCAGAAAUGUAGUUAAGUUGUUAGAAGAUAAAAAGUUUGUUGUUCUAAUGCCCGCUUUGAAGGGAAAAAGAAAACAGCUUCCCACAGCAGAAGCAAAUAGCUCCCGUAUUGUAACUAAGUUGCGUUGGGUUAUUGAAGCAGUACAUGGACAGAUCAAAUUAAAAUUCAAGCUGCUUCAUCAUAAUAUGGACAAUAAAAUGCUUCCAAAAGCCAAGUCACUCUGCCGGAUAGCCUGUUAUUUAAACAAUAAAUUCGGUAAACGUUUUAAAACAGAUGACAAGAUCAGUGACGAAAUAAUCAACAAAAUGUUGAAUCCGACCUUCACCGAGAAUACCCUUGCUGAAGAAGUGACAGAGGCAGGCUGGAGUCGUAAAAUCAAAAAUUUUCAAAAGCUCAGUGCAACUGACCUUGUUGACUUUCCAGAAAUGUCUGAACGAGAUUUCAAAAUACUAUUUUCUGGUACCUACCAGCUUGCAAUGGCGAUAUCGUACUUAGCCGAAAUGUUAGAUGAGGAGGGUAAUCUGCAAUUGAAAUAUCUCAAAGAACAUAAAAAUAUUAUCUCAGUUUUGGUGAGAUCACGCCACGUCAAUAGGAAGGUCUACAAAUGUUAUAUAGAUUAUAAGCCUGAUACCUUUGGACUCAACGGGAUUCAAAGGUACACUUGUGAUUGCCCUAAUGGGUUGAGGACUGUAGGUUGUUGCUGCCAUGUUGCAGCUGUGAUAUAUUAUCUAGCUUUAGCAAGAUAUGACAAUAAAAUUUUCAAACCGGCUGAAAAACUUACUACACUCUUUAGAGAAGAAGGGGUAGAUUUGGCGAGUGAUAUAUGCGACGAAAUUGAAACUGAAAAAGAAGUGGGACCUGUUGAACAAGAGAAUAUAACAGAAGAAGAUCUAGAAGAACAUUUGAGCAGUGAUAUCGAGGACGAUUGCAAUGAUAUUGAUAGUGACUGA